AUGAAGACUGUCCAAGAUGUAAUGUUCCAAAAGCAGCUUUGCGACGACAUGGCCAGGUCCAUGGGCAUUGAGAGGGAUCCGGUGGCCAUGGAAAAAUACAACGUGGAUUGUGCCGCGGGAGAUGUCGGGAAGUAUGCACCGAUGGGUGGGUUUCCGGGUGGAUUGGAGGGAGCGUUGGACAGCCCAAUUACACCCAUGAACCAGUGCCAUUUCUGCGACAACAAGGGCACUGCCAACACGAAACUUUUGCGGUGCAGCAGGUGCAAGGUAGUCAAGUACUGUGGAAGAGAGUGCCAAAAGAAUGACUGGAAAUUUCACUCGAAAGAUUGUCCUCUUCUUCAAAAGUCGCCCAAGAACCAAGAGAUAGUGAAGGCAUGA